AUGUUUGCUAAUAAGCUGAGUGGACCCACGUUUGGUGGAGGGCUCAAUUUUGGUCAGCCACAGCAACAACAGCCACAGCAACAACCACAGCAACAACCACAGCAGCAGCAGCAGCAGCAGCAACAACAACAACCUCAAGUCACGAUUGGUUCAACAACACAAUCCACAAUCAAUCCACCAACAUCACUAAACACAACCCAAAUUGAUAUCACUGCUUCUUUAGACAACUCCAGCAGCGACAAAAUUUUAAAAGAUCUUUUAGAAUCUGCUAGCAACUUGCCCAAAUCACACAUCAAGUACAACAAUCUUGGAUCAAUACGUUUAACUUUGGAUGAACUUGAACGUAAGUCACAACAGUUGAGAAAAGAAGCGGAAGCAGAUUGUGCUAGUGGGAACAACAAUAACAACGCCAAGGCACAUUAUCUUUUAGCUGGUGCUGGUGUUGUUGCUACUGGUGAUAUCGAGGAUGAAUUAAACAAGAUUCAAUUUCCCAAAUCUACUUCCUUUUACCAGCCUGCAAGUGCCGAAACCGUUGAGAGUCACCUCAAAAGAAGGAAAGAAGAAAGCAUAUUAAACACAAUUGAACAAUCAUUUGCUGUAGCUUCCAAUGAUUUUGACAACUACAUCAAUGCGAAUAUCUCCAUUGAUUGGAAGGCAAGAAGAGAACAACUAAGAAAGUCAAUGGGUAUUAAAGACAGUGCCAAGUUUAAAGAAGAGGCAGCAAAAUUAUCAGUUGUAUGGAAAUCAACUUCAGCAGCUGCCAAUAUUUUCACACCAUUAACCACAACAAAAACUGCCUCAUUGAAGCAAAUAUCGCGAGAGAAGUUUGAAAAUUAUGCUCAAGUCAUUUAUGCAUUGAAUGAAUCACGUCUUGUUGAUGAACCUUUUUCAUUGUGUUUAAACUUUUACGAAUUGAAUAAAUUACAAGAUGAUUUGAAAUCUAAACAAGUUGCUGAAGCUUGGAAGAUUUUGCAAAAUCUUACCCUGGAAAAAUUCGCCAAAACAAGUCAAGAAAAAAAAUUUGCCAAUUAUGAUGAAGUUGAUUUACAAAAUGAGAUACUGUUGAAAAGUAAACAAUUUUUGGAGGGCCAGUUCUUGAAUUAUAUUGAACACAUUUAUGUCAAGCAUGAAAAACCACAAAAUUUUCUUCCAGGAACUAAUAUCAAUAAAGUAUCUUUCUUCAUACAUCAGGUGAUUCUCAAAAAUGAACCUGAGUUGGUCAACAAAACAUUACUAGUGAAUGGAACACCCAUUUGGGCAUUGAUUUACUACUUGAUGCGUGCUGGUCUAUAUGCCGAUGCCAACGAAAUUGUCACCAAGAAUGGAGAAUUAUUCAAUAAAUUCGAUAGGAAUUUCCCUGUAUACAUGAAAUCAUUUGUCAAUGAUCACAAAUUGUCAUCAAAUCUUGGUGAAAGAAUUCAUCUGGAGUUCAGUCAGCAAUUUCAAUACAUCUUAAAUGAUAUUGAUACCAGUGUCAAUUUCGAUCCUUACAAGUAUUCAGUCUAUAAAAUCAUUGGUAAAUGUGACUUGAGCAAUCCAUCGCUCCCUCAAGCAGUUAAUCUAAGUGUUGAAGAUUGGUUGUGGUUCCACUUAUCCAUCAUCAAUGAAAGCGAGUCAUCUAUUUUUGAAAAUUAUUCAUUAACCAAUCUUCAAAGUAAAGUGCUUCUGUUGGGUGCAAAGUAUUUCACAUCUUCCAAUAAUCCCUUAUACUUGAAAACAUUGAUUCUAACAGGUUUGUACGAGUUGGCGAUUCAAUAUUGCUACGAUUUCAUCAAUGAAGCUGAUGCAGUGCACUUGGCCAUUGGGUUAGCAUACUAUGGUGCACUCCACGUUUACAACUCAAACAAAAAUGAAGUCAUUUCUGUAACCAAUAACAAGUAUGAGAUAAAUUUCGGCAGAAUUAUUGGAUCUUAUACAACUGCAUUUAAAAUCAGUGAUCCUAAAGUUGCUUGUGAGUAUCUCAUAACGAUUGCCUUGGUUGAUGCACAACUCUCACACGAUGCAUUAAAGGAGCUUUUACUUGUGACAAGAGAAUUUGGUGCUCUCAUUGGAGAGCUAUACCCUGAAACUGGCUUUAUAGAGCCGGGUGUUUUGGAACUUCAACGCAAAUUGAUUGGGUUGGAAGAUAUAAAUGCAUUUCAACAUGAUAUUGUCAGAGCUACUGCUAUCAAAUGCGAAGACGAAGGAAGAGUUUUUGAUGCAUUGUUACUUUAUCAACUUGCUCGUGACUAUGAAGCAACCGUUUUGCUCAUGAAUAACAAAUUGGCUGACAUAAUUGCCACCAGCGAAUUGGACAAAUCCAUUUCAAGUGGUGGUACAAUUGACAACAACUUGGUUCUACUUUCAGAACACAUUUGGCGCAACUUGUGCCAAACCAGCUACAUUAGCAAAGUUUCUCCUCAAGCUAAACAAACUUGCGAUUUGCUCAUUUCAAUAAUCAAGAUUCGUGAUUUGUUUGUCAAGAGACAAUGGCGCGAAGUGAUUGCCAAAAUCAACAAACUCGAUUUGAUUCCAGCUGAUGCACAGGAUGAUUUACUCAAAGUUCGAAGUUAUAGUGACUUGAUAACCAAUAACAAGUUGGAUGAAAACUUGGUCAAAGUAUUGCCGUCACUACUUGUAUUGGUCAUGACUUGCAUAUCCAAUUUGAAUUACGAGGUCCUUGCUAGGAAAUUUCAACCCUUAAGUAGUGAACGAGAAGAAUUGAGUCGUUGGAAAAAGAUUGCUAGAAACUGUGUCGUUUAUGCGGGUAUGGUGCAAUACAAGAUGCCAAGAGAGGUGUACAGUUUAUUGAUUUCUUUAGAGGCACUGUUAUAG